ACACAUGGACUGACACACACACUGUCAUCAUCUUUUUCUCUCUCAAAAAUUUAUGUGAAAAAUACAUUCACAUAUAUACACAUCUCUUUCCUUUCCUUUACAGAUAAAAAGUUCUUUCCAAUCAAAUCCUUUGCUUGUUGUUAGGUGAGAGAGAACCUAUGCCCACACCACCAUUACAUCACUCACUUUCUUUUUUCUCUAGCCAGAUCUCUCUCACUUUCUUCUCCUCUUUCAGAGCCCUUUUCUUUGUUUUGCUGUAAAUGCAGCCACAUUAUCAUUAUCAUUACUAUAUAUCAUAGCUUUAUAUUAAAUCAUUGUGAUUGAUUAUAUUUAUUCAUAUUAAUAUUAUUAUCAAUGGGAAAGAAAGGCGGAUCGUCUUCAUGGCUCACUGCUGUCAAAAGAGCCUUUCGGUCUCCUAGUAAAGAUUCAGACAAAAAAACCAACAAAAAACAUCAUGACAACAACAUUAAUCAACAACACCAUGUUAAUCAUGAUCAAGUUGAUGAAGAAGAUGACAAGAAAAAGGAAAAGAAGAGAUGGUUAUUUAGGAAGCCCACUAGUGUGUCUGAAAAUGUCGCACCACAACAAGGUGGGCAGCAGCCGAUUAAGAUUACUACUAAUAUAGGAGCGUCUACAGAGGCAAGUGCUUCGGAUCAACGGCAUGCGAUUGCGGCGGCGGCGGUGGCAGCUGCAGAGGCAGCGGUUGAGGCGGCUCGGCUGACCAAGCAGCCGCAGCCGCAGCCCCGACGGGCUAGUUAUUCAAGGGAGCACUAUGCAGCUACAAUUAUUCAGACUGCUUUUAGAGGUUAUUUGGCCAGGAGAGCCCUUCGUGCGCUAAAAGGACUGGUAAAACUGCAAGCAUUAGUGAGAGGUCACAAUGUGAGAAAACAAGCCAAAAUGACGCUUCAAUGCAUGCAAGCUUUGGUUAGAGUACAGGCUCGUGUUCUUGAUCAACGCAUGAAACAAUCUGAUCAAUGUAGCAGUCGAAAAUCUACUUUUAGUGACACCAAUAGUGCAUGGGGUUCUCGCUAUCAUCAAGAUAUUUCUGACAGGCGAUCUAUGUCACGAGAUGGAAGCAGCAUUGCUGAUGAUUGGGAUGAACGACCACACACUAUUGAGGAAGUUAAAGCAAUGCUUCAAAGCAGAGCUGCUAAACGUGAGAAGACAUUAUCACAAGCCUUCUCUCAAGAGUCACAUGAAAAGAUGAGAAGGCACGGUAGGAACCCAUCAAUGGGAAGUGAUAACGAGCUUGGUGUUGGAGACAGACACCAAUGGCUGGAUAGAUGGAUGGGUUCAAAACCAUGGGAGACCAGGCCCAUGGCUAGAGCCUCAACUGAUAACAGAGAUGGUGUUAAAACUGUGGAGGUUGACACUUCUCAGCCUUAUUCGAACCUACCCCCCAACCACAUGAGAAGAUCUAGUUACCAAUAUAACCACCACCACCAUCAUCACCAUUACCAAAACCCAAGAAAUUCCUCUUCCUCUCCUCUUCAUAGAGCGCCGGUGACCCCAUCACCAUCCAAAACAAGGCCUAUACAAGUCCGAUCAGCCAGCCCCCAUUAUGUCAGAGAAGACAGAAGUUAUCACAGUACUCAAAGUCAAACCCCGAGUUUAAGGUCAAACUAUAGUUUCAACACAGUCUUGCAUCAACAUUCACGAGGCUCUACUAGUGGCGGUACAAUGCCUAACUACAUGGCUGCAACAGAGUCAGCUAAGGCUCGAGUACGGUCUCAAAGUGCACCUAGACAAAGACCUUCAACUCCCGAAAGAGAUCGACCCGGGUCUGCCAAGAAACGACUCUCUUUCCCAGUUCCAGACCCGUAUAAUGGAAAUGUACAAAACGGGCAAAAUUUAAGAAGUCCAAGCUUUACAAGUGUGAAUGAAGCGUAUACAUACGGGGUAGAACAGCAGUCUAACUAUUCAUCGUAUUAUACAGAGAGCAUUGCAGGCGGAGAGGUAUCCCCUUGUUCAACGACCGAUCUUAGAAGGUGGUUGAGGUGAUUAAUAAUCUAAUAAAUCUAACUUUGUGAUGAUUAAGAUUUAAGGAUGGUUGAAUUUCAAUUCUUUAGGUAAUCCUCUAAUUUGAUUAAUUAGUUUUGGCUGUUUUGCCUUUUUGGUCCAAGCCCAAAAAAGAGAUAAAGUGGGUCAAGUUUGGUGUGUGAUUGUGAGUGUGAUUAAUUUAAUUUAAUAGGGGGGUGUGUACUGGAUUAUGGGUUGUUUCCAGUUUUUGAUGUAAAUGCCUCACAUGUAUCCUGCAUAUUUUAUGGAAUAAUAAUAUAAAUAUAUGUUGGCCUUUCA